AUGGCCAGAGCCGAGGGGUCUGAUGAUAAGCACUAUCAUUUCUUGCAAUGGGCAUUGGCUAAUGGUAUCCAAAUAAAUGGAGUCGCCCCUUUUGAAUUUCCUGGACGCGAAGCUAAACGAUUGCACGGCAUGAAGGCGGAUGAGGUUAUGAUUGCCGUUCCUGUGUCAACAAUGCUCACAAUUGACCGCGUCCCAAGAGGAUUUGUCGAUCGCUUUCCGUCCGAAACCUCCAUUCAUGGAAUCCUGGCAGCAUUUCUGACGCACGGAGAUACGAGCUUACUUGAUCACUGGGCUACCUGGCGCAAAAUUUGGCCUUCUCGAGAACAUUUUCAACAGUCUUUGCCGGUACUGUGGCCUGAACGUACGGCAAGUGAUGAUCAAGGGUGUAUUAAUCUGCCCCCUUCCGUAACUGGACAAUGGAAGCUGUUUUACAAUACCCAUUGCGAUUUUACAGCUCAGGAUACGUACCAAAAAGUCUUAGUGCAGCAGCGAAAGCGGCUUCAUGAUGCUUGGGAGAAUGUUCUAUCCGUUUUUCCUACCACGGAUUGGAGCGUUUUCUCAUACAAUUGGCUUAUACUAAAUACGCGAAGUUUCUAUUAUGUCAGUCCUGGCAAAGAGCCUCCUGAUGACUGGAAUGAUGCCAUCGGUUUGGUACCAUUCGGAGAUUAUCUCAAUCAUGCGGACAAUGCGAAAGGAGAUGAGGUACUCAUGAGCUAUGGUUCACAUCCCAAUGAUUAUCUUUUGGUGGAAUAUGGCUUUAUUUUGGACAAAAAUGAAAGCGACGCUGUUUAUUUGGAUGACAUCGUUUUUCAAGACCUCUCAAGUGACGACAAAGAGGCUCUGUGCACCCAUGGAUACUAUGGUCAUUAUGAGAUAAACUCAUCUGGGCCCAACCUUGGCGUAAGUAUUGUGGCGUCCUUGAAAUGUAUGAAACGUGAAGAUUGGGAAAAAUUCGUUCUUGAUCCACCAUCGUCGGGCCCGAUCUCUGAAGAAGCAACAGAAUGGAUCCGUAAAUGGGUUGACACCUAUUUGCAAGAAAGCCUAGUAGCAAUUAAGGGGCUGGAGGGAAUGACGAGUGUCAAAGGAGUAUCUCACUCUUUAGAAAACCUUUCGCCUGCUUUAAACCAGAAGGUUGCGACCUUACUACGAAGAUGGAUCCAAAUCAGGGAUAUGUGUCAAAAGGCUCUUAAUACAUUAGUCUGA